UGAAGUCUGAAAAAUAGGUUCGAUUAAAGUGGAAAGUGUUGGUGACAAUAAGUUAAUUGUAAAUGUAAACACAUGAAAGUAUUCUCCAUGUACUUAAACUUUUUCGUUAUCAAUUAUUUUCAAUUAUGUCUAUCCUAAUUAAAAACAAUUGGACAGUUCUUCGUCUUCCAAUGGCGGCCCCAAGAGAGUCGCCAGAUGACGAUGGCUAUAAACGAUUCACUGAAGACUCCCAUAAUGUCUCCUACGGCUCCAACAGCACAAAUCCCAUUGAUGAAAUGGGGAGCCGUUCAAGUCUCAGCCGAGAGACCACAGAGACUGUGGACCACUGGGAGAUGAAUUAUCACGAGGCUGCUAUUUUUCUUGAGGAAGGCGAAAAUAACGAAAAAUUUGACUCGCACCCCCGCCACCCCUCAGCCCUCCCCGCCUACCUCCUAGUCCACAACUCCUGGUACUACGGUCUCGACUUGACCUUUUCCAUUGUCCUUCUUCUACUAGCCCUUGCCGAAAACCCGUCCGUUGACAAAUUCCAGUUACCUGUCGGUAUUCACACCACUCUUGAACUUGUCUCCUUGGGGGUUAUCGGGGUGGAGUUGGCGCUGAAACUGCGCUGGAUCGGAUGGACGAUGAUCCUUAAGCACAAAAGGACGAUGGUGAAGGGAAUCACCCUCUUCAUUAUGGUGCUGGAGGCGAUUAUAGUCCUGGUGCGGCAAGAAUCGCAUUUUCGGGUAACGAGGGCCUUACGGCCCAUUUUCCUCGUCGAUACGAGGGCUUGCGGGGCUGUGAGGAGGUUUAUUAGGCAGAUUUUGCAAUCGUUGCCUCCGAUUUUGGACAUGUUGGUGCUUUUAAUGUUCUUCGUGUGCAGUUACGCACUUUUGGGAUAUUUUUUGUUCAGCAAUCACCAAACGAAUUUGUAUUUUCGGACCUUGGGGGACAGUUUUGUCAGUAUGUUUGUGCUCCUGACUACGGCGAAUUUUCCCGAUGUUAUGAUGCCGUCGUAUGCAAUCUCAAAAUGGAAUGCGAUUUUUUUCAUUUCGUACAUUUCUAUAGUCCUUUACGUGCUAAUGAAUCUCAUGUUGGCCGUAGUGUAUGAAACUUUCACAGGAAUUGAAAAAGAUAAAUUCCGCAAGUUGCUGUUGCAUAAAAGAAAAGCCUGUCAGUUGGCUUUUAGACUAUUGGUCAGUAAACAAACGCCAAAUAUGGUCAGGUUUAAGCAGUUUCAUGGCUUGAUGCGCUAUUACUCGCCUCGCACUUCCCAACGUGACAUCAUCCUAAUUUUCCGCCAAUUGAACACUUCGGGAACUGGAGCUUUAACUGAAGACGAAUUUUUGGGUAUUUACGACGCCGGGACCCUAAAAUGGCGCUUGAAAGACCCCCCUGAUCCCUGGUUCUCGGCCGCUUGGCCCCCCUUACGUAUUUUCUGUCGGGCCGCACGUACCGUGGUCACAUGGGAGUAUUUCGAACAUAUUGUAUAUGUUUUAAUAAUCGGAAAUGGACUCGCUAUGUUCAUACGUGUCCUCGAAUCAUCAGUCUCGCUUGAGGAAGGCGCGAAGAAUUUCUGUGCCUCGUGGGACACUUAUCUCUUUCUCACACUUUUUUUAAUUGAGGCGCUCUUGCGCAUUGUGGGUUUGGGCUGGGGCGAGUAUAUUUCGUCAGGUUGGAAUUUUUUCGACUUGACUGUCACGUUGGUGGCCCUGAUUGGUUCGUUGAUCCUAUUGGUGCGUCCGAAAUUGACAGUCGUUGUGAUCCUACGCCCACUGAGACUUUUACGUCUCUUUAAAUUGAAAAAACGGUAUAGGGAUAUUUUCGGUACGUUGGUGCUCCUGUCACCUUUGAUGUGGUCAACGGCCAUUGUCAUGAUGGUCAUGUACUACUUUUUCGCAAUCAUUGGAAUGGAAUUAUUCUCGCAAUAUGAUUUGCGGAAUUGUUGCAAUGGUACCACCGUCGAGGACUUCUACAAAUACAGUACCAACAGUAGCAGUGGCAUUGGCUACUACUAUCUGAACAAUUUUUCGAACUUGUUAAUUUCCGGCGUGACUUUAUUCGAACUAACAGUUGUAAACAACUGGUUUAUUGUCAUGGAUGCGUAUGCCAAUGUGGCCCAUUCAUACUCUCGUAUUUUUUUCAUGUUGUUUUACUUAUUUACGAUGGUUGUGCUAACCAUUGUCGUGGCUUCAGUCCUUGAAGCUUUCAGGUUUCGAAUACAGUACAAAAAACAAACGUCGAAACGAGACGAGGAGCAAAUGCUUCACGAGGAAGUCGCUGUUGAUUGGAACUCGCUCCAGCGGCAAGUCCAGGACCCCAAAAUCCUGGAAGCCCUCCAGCUGGACUUCGUGCCUGGAGGAGUGUCGUUUUAUAUUGGUCGUAGGAGGCGUACAAGGGACGUUCUUCAACGUCAUAUGUACAUUUCUGAGAUUGCGCAGUGGCUGCAAGACGCCGAGGAACAAGAAAGGAUCACUGGGAUUAAUCUUGUUGAUGAGUCGCAGAUUAAUACGCGUUUGAUGCAUUCAGAAGCGUAGAUUUAGAAUUAGUGUAGAACAAAUGUUAGGACCAAAUUUUGAUUGUUUCGAGACAAUAAGUGGUCUUGAGUUGAUCCAAGUGCCGUUUCGUUUCUUUUUAGCGGUACUUAACCCAAACGUAACACAAACCGAUGUGAUAUAACAGUAUGUAGCUAGUCGUAACACCGUAUCCGUUAUUUUUACAGAUUUUUAUUAACUGAUUAAUUUAUUGUUGUCUAAAUAUAGAGUAUUUAUUUAA